AGCCGCGAGCGGUCUCCAAACACUUGCACCUGGGCCUGGGCGCUCUCGACCUAGGAUGCGACGACCUUGGGCGGAGGGCUCUGAGUCCUUCCGCGCUCUCAGACCCUGGCCCCCAGCGUCGGGGCGGGGCGGAGCGGAGCUGCUCCGAGGCCCCGCCCGCCUGCAGCCGUCGCCGCCGCCGCCGCCGGCUCCCUCCGGCCCGCGGUGCGGUGCGCGCCUGCGCUGGCCCUCGCCUCGGAGCAGCCAUGAUGGAAGGCCUGGACGACGGCCCCGACUUCCUCUCGGAGGAGGACCGCGGACUUAAAGCAAUAAAUGUAGAUCUUCAGAGUGAUGCUGCUCUGCAGGUGGACAUUUCUGAUGCUCUGAGUGAGAGAGACAAAGUAAAAUUCACUGUUCACACAAAGAGUUCAUUGCCAAAUUUUAAACAGAAUGAGUUUUCUGUUGUUCGACAACAUGAGGAAUUUAUCUGGCUUCAUGAUUCCUUCAUUGAAAAUGAAGACUAUGCAGGUUACAUUAUCCCUCCAGCACCACCAAGACCUGAUUUUGAUGCCUCAAGGGAGAAACUACAGAAACUUGGAGAAGGAGAAGGGUCUAUGACAAAGGAGGAAUUCACGAAGAUGAAACAGGAAUUGGAAGCUGAGUAUUUGGCAAUAUUCAAGAAGACGGUUGCAAUGCAUGAAGUGUUUCUGUGUCGUGUGGCUGCACAUCCCAUUUUGAGGAAAGAUUUAAAUUUCCAUGUCUUCCUGGAAUAUAAUCAAGAUUUGAGUGUGCGAGGAAAAAAUAAAAAAGAGAAACUGGAAGAUUUCUUUAAAAACAUGGUUAAAUCAGCAGAUGGAGUAAUUGUUUCUGGAGUAAAGGAUGUAGAUGAUUUCUUUGAGCAUGAACGAACAUUCCUUUUAGAAUAUCAUAACCGAGUUAAGGAUGCAUCUGCUAAAUCUGAUAGGAUGACAAGAUCCCACAAAAGUGCUGCAGAUGAUUACAAUAGAAUUGGUUCUUCAUUAUAUGCUUUAGGAACUCAGGAUUCUACAGAUAUAUGCAAGUUUUUUCUUAAAGUUUCAGAACUGUUCGAUAAGACGAGAAAAAUAGAAGCACGAGUGUCAGCUGAUGAGGACCUCAAACUUUCUGACCUUUUGAAAUAUUACUUAAGAGAAUCCCAAGCUGCUAAGGAUCUCCUCUAUCGAAGAUCUAGGUCAUUAGUGGAUUACGAAAAUGCCAAUAAAGCACUGGAUAAAGCAAGAGCGAAAAAUAAAGAUGUUCUGCAGGCUGAAACAUCCCAACAGUUAUGUUGUCAGAAAUUUGAAAAAAUAUCUGAAUCUGCAAAACAAGAACUUAUAGAUUUUAAGACAAGAAGAGUUGCUGCAUUCAGAAAAAAUUUAGUGGAACUGGCAGAGUUAGAACUGAAGCAUGCAAAGGGUAAUCUACAGUUGCUGCAGAACUGCCUGGCAGUGCUCAAUGGAGACACAUAAGCCACACUCUUGCCUUCCAGUUAAAAAGGGCUGCCUUCCUUCAGAUUUUAUUUUUUCUUAAUGAUGUUAGGCAUUUACUGCUCACUGGAAACGAAAGAAACAGCUGACAGAGUGCAUCUCCUCUCCCUUUUUCUGAAAAAUAAUGGCUCAGUGCCACCCACGGGUCUGCGGGCUGCGUGGUGGCCCCUGUGCCCUGCGCCCUGGACAGUUGCCCAUCAUCGUGCCCCCCUCCUCUUCAGAAGUCCAAAGUUCCGUCUUUUUUAAGUAGCCUCUAUAACUGUUUAUUUUAUGAAUAGUAUUCCUUUUGGCUGCCAAUCUUAUUUACCUUUAAAUAAUUUCUGAAGUUUAACCCUUUCAAAAAUACAUGGUUUAAACAAAGAUAAGGAUUGCCAUUACCUUUUUUUUUUUUUUAAUUUUGUUUUAAAAAAACAUUAUACACCACCAUAGUUCACUCUUGUAUCCUGGUAAAGCAUCUUAAUCAGACUUAUUUUAAUUAAUGAACGUUUCUUAGAAGUGUUGGGACAGGCUUUAUGUACUCUUUAUAAGUAUGAUUUCUGAAGAAAAGCAAAUGCAUUAGUAUGUUUGCCUUAAACUUGUAGACUAAACCAACUAUUGUCAAAUAAACAGUGAUAACAGUGAUAGUUUUUAACUCUGUGGUCAUUGUAUCACUCUAAAAUUUGGAGUAGCUAUAAUCUACUCCUAUACUAUGCUUUUACAGUGCAGGUCUUAGCUUUUCUUUAUUUCUUUUAAAAUGGCAUAUGGAACCAAGUUCACCGCUUUACAAAAGAAUGAACUGCUUCUCUGGGUGCUUUGAGCACUUCGUGUAAGAUGGAAUUGGACAGAGACAGGUUAGAGGCCGCUGUUUGUAAAACUGGAACAGAGACUGGUCUGUUAUAAUUUCCAGGAUUCCACCUCUAGCUCAGCCAAUUAACCAUGAGACAUAUGCCAGAGUAGAGAUUGGUAUGUAGAGAGAAAGAGGCCUGCUAUAGGGAGUAGCACUUGUCAGUGGGGAAAAGUUGGAAUAUUUGGAAUAAAAGUUAGGGUACAAAGUUAAGGUAAUGUCAGUAGCUACUUUACAAAUAUUAUUGACCUUUCUAAUGUGAAUGACCAUUAUGUUAUUCCUAGUUUAAAAUUAGCUUGAGUGGUUGGAUUUUUCCACUCUAAGUUGUCUCCCAUGUAGAAACCACAGGCAUUUGGGUUGGUCACCCCUCCAAUGUGUUCCUAAUUGUUUUUGCAAACCAUUCUGAAGACCGCCUGCCUGGGUCUCAGGGCUAGUUACUACAGUUCCAGACUUCCUCUGCUGCUUGUCUCGCCUCGCUGGUGUGCUGCUCAAUGUUUCUCUCUGUUACUGUUGUUCCUCUGCGUUUGAAUUGUCCAUGUUUGUGUUGGCUGAGAGAUUGUGUUUUGUCCUCCAUGUGCCCUUCACUGGUGAGAAUAUGCCCCUGUGAUGCCCACCAGUGGGUGAACGUGGGGUGGAGGGCCCCAGCCUUUGGAUUCAGGGGCAGUCCCUUCACCAGCUGCCCUUGUGGCCUCAGACCACAGGGUUCACUUGAGCUCUUUGCCUGUUUCUCCACCAUGAAGGAUAUACUGACCUACCUCACAGGGGUGUUGUGAGGAUUAAUAAAUGUUGGUACAGUGCUUUGGAAA